UGUGUCCACAAACCACAGACUCCAGAGGAACAGAGUGGCCUCAGACUGUCGGAAAUACGACCAUGGUGCUGCCCUGCCCUGUUGGAUUUCAAGGUGACGUUGGACGUGUCUGUGACGUCACUGGUGAGUGGAAAGAAUCAAACUACAUAACGUGCGUGAGAGAAGAGAUAGCUCAGAUAGAGGAAGAGGUAACUGCAAUCACCGAGGGAGGUGCGUCUAGUGAUGCUGUGAAGGAUGUACUGGACAGCCUCCAGAAGGCUACCAAGAACAACGACUCUUCUUCGGGAGAUCUGGACACAUCCAUUGACCUUGUGGACAAGCUUGUGACUGCAGUGAGCAAGUCAGCCGCAAUUGCUAUUGACAGUGCCACUACACAGACUUUCAUCAACGUGAUUGACAACAUUCUGUCUGUGAACACGAGCCAACAAACCUGGAAACAGGUUCAGAAUACGGAUGAGACAAAAGCUGCGUCUUUGAUGAGAUCAGUCACAUCCUUCGGUUUGUCUGCUGCUAAAUCACAGGCAGUCAACACACCUUUGAGAGUUAACAGUUCAACUUUAGUGAUGGAAGUUGCGAAUAUUACAAGGAAAGAUAUUAUGUUCUCCUCACUGGGACUGGAGGAAAUUGGGGACUAUUUGACACUUCCAAAGGAGAACUUCCGUGAUUCUGAACAAAUUACAUACGUUGCAGCGUUUUACAAAACAAUGGCAGAUUUCCUACCGACAACCAUGUCCAGUGGGAACGUAGCCAUGGACAAAGAGGUCAAUUCUCAAAUUCUUGCACUUGCUGUCCAAAUCGAAGGAAAGGAGUUCUCAAGUCUCAAUAUGAACGUAUCACUUAACUUUCACAAUAUACAGACGAACUACUCAGAACCAGCCUGUGGAUAUUGGGAUUUCGAUAAAAGUUCCUGGUUCACGGAUGGCUGCACAAGCUACGAAGUGAACAACUCCUUCACAAGAUGUGAAUGUGACCACCUCACUAACUUCGCCAUCCUCAUGAGUCCAGGAAGGACAGUGCCGGAGGAGGACCUGAAUGCACUGAAGAUCAUUUCCAUAGUAGGCUGUUCCUUGUCUAUCCUGGGCUGCGUGGUGACAGUACUGGCACACGCGUGUUUGUGGAGAUACGUUCGCUCUUCCAAGUCCGUCAUCCUGGUGAACCUAUGUAUCGCAUUGACCUUGGCCUACAUCGUCUUCCUGACUGGCGUGGAGAGAACGGAAAACAAGGCCGUGUGUACAGCCGUCUCCGCCAUGCUGCACUACUUUUUCCUGGCUGCUUUCUCCCUCAUGUUUGCCCAAGGAGUCGACAUCGCCAUUCAAGUGGUGCAUGUCUUCAGGGAUAGUUCCAAGCAGAAGAUCUUGCUGACUCUAGCAUGGGGUGUGCCGGCAGUUAUAGUUGGUAUUACCCUGGGGGUCACCAAAUUGGAGGGGUACGGAAAUGACCAGUUUUGCUGGCUUACGAUCACCGAUGGUGUGCUUUAUGCGUUCGUUGGACCAGUUCUCUUUGUAAUACUUGCCAACUCUGUAAUAAUCAUCAUCAUCAUGCGGGUACUGUGUUCAACAAAGCUGAUGGUCACUAAGAGAAAGAGAGAGAGGGCUGUAACAACCGUUCGAAGCCUUUGUGUUCUCAUGCCAGUUCUCGGUGUCACAUGGGUGUUUGGUGUUCUGGCAAUCAACGACUACACAGUAAUCUUCCAGUAUCUCUUUGCAAGCUUCAAUUCCCUGCAGGGGUUCCUGAUAUUUAUGAUGCACUGCCUUUUCAACAGAGCUAUAAUCGAAGGCAUACGAAAGGCCAAAGCCCGCUAUGACUCAAAUAAAACAACAUCCAAAUCGCUUCCUGAUUCGCGGAAUAAUUGGAAGCAUGAAGAAAAAAAGAAGCCUCAAGAAGAUAUGACAGAGAUUCCUACCGACUACGACUCCGACGACCAGUCUGAUAAGGCAUCGUCAUCAAGGUUGGAGAUGAUGUUGCAAGACAAUGAAGCGUGGCAGAAAGCUGCCUACAACAACGGCGCGUACCUGCCCCGCCCCAAGGUGCGACGAGAGUUAAAGAGGGUGCCAAGUCAGGAUUAUUCAGAGAGUUCCGGCGACAUGGAUCACUGUGUACCAGACUACCCCACAGGUCCAUUGUACAUGAAUCCUGUUUACGUAAACUCUGACGAUGAAGACGAACCAUCCGUUUUGAAGAUUGCCAGACCUUCAUUCAAAACUCACCUAUAGACAGAGGUCCCUCACAACGCUCUAUGCACAACACUAAGUUGGGAGAAUAACCCGAUCAUCAUCCUUUAACAUCCCUUAUUUGAUCGCAGACUAUGGCGCAUAUCAAGGUUGAAUAUCAGUUCAGUGGUGCUCAAAGGUCAAACUUUGUGAUAUUUAUUGUGAGCUUAUUGGCCAACCUAUAAACACAUAGUCUCUUGUGUAUAAUGAUGUUCACAGCCGUAGUCAAUACUCAAUAUCCUGAUGUGUUGUAAGUGAUCCAUAGGCAACUAGGCCAUGGAGUGUUGUGCAUCCCAGACCCAGACCGAGACCACCUCAUCAGGAGCAAAAUCGGCUCAUGUAUACUGAAGGACAAAAAAAGGUAACCGGCCUCUUUGAUGGUGGCUAA